AUGGUUGGACUAAUGCAGGGGGUGUCAAACCCGUGUGUCAAUAGAGUAAGUCGCCAGAGCAUCAAAGUGGUGGAAGUUAUUGGGUUUGAUGGUUUUCCAUUUGAUUCCGAGUUUCUGGAGUAUGCGCUUGACUACUUUGUGGGGUUAGAGAGAAUAGUUCUUAGCCGUUAUGUUAAGACGGAUACUAAAGCCAAAGAGCGUGCAUUGGCUUUCAAAUCUAGAGCAUCUCCUGCCAUCGAUUUUGUUAUAAUUUAG